AUGGCCAUCUAUUCGUUUUGGAUAUACGACCGGCAUUGCAAUUGUAUAUACAGUCGGGAGUAUGGCACGAGUGCGUCUGAGACGGUCAAGGCCUCGAGUCGGUCUACGCCCAAACGGCUGUCUUCAGCUCAUUUCUCAAACAAUCCAAUGGAAAACGCGCCUUCAGCAACGAUCUCGUCACAUUCUACAUUGAACUCUUCCGUAUCCACUCUUUCUGGACAAAGAAAAACGUCUUCGUCGUCAAAUAACCCCAAAAUACAGGAACUGAUACAGAAGGGCUCGGUCAACACACAGAACAAUAACAACAUGUCCAAACUGUUGUUUGGUACUCUUUUUUCGCUAAAGAAGAUUGCCGUUUCUCUGUGCACUCCGCCAGCGGAAACGGCGCAGGAAGAGGAGUUCUACGUGUCCAACUUGAACAAUUUCAACAAACUGCGGUCGUUCCAAACACUCAACUAUAAAUGCCAUUUUUAUGAGACUAUCAACGGACUGCGGUUUGUGGUGGUCACCGAUCCCAACGCACGCGAUCUACAAACGUCUCUUGUUGAUAUCUACCAGCACAUCUACAUGGACAAUGUUGUGAGAAACCCACUGAUGCCGGUGGAGUUCCGAGAAGGAGAGGUCAUCUCGAACGACCGGUUUGUGCUUGCAAUAGACGACUAUUGGAGCUCGAUCCCCGAGUUUGUGAACUGA